AUGUCUAGGGCUUCCCUGGUGGCACAGUGGUUAAGAAUCCGCCUGCCGCUCUUUUCUCAUCCCCCAUCCUAUGUGUGGUUGAAUUUGCUCCUCGCCAUGUCUUCUCACAAGACCUUCAGGAUCAAGCGAUUCCUGGCCAAGAAACAAAAGGAGAAUUGUCCCAUUCCCCAAUGGAUUCGAAUGAAAACUGGUAAUAAAAUCAGGUACAACUCCAAGAGAAGACAUUGGAGAAGAACCAAGCUGGGUCUAUAAGGAGCCUCACAUAUGA